AUGUCCGAUUUAGAAAAAGUACUCCAUAAGUUUGUCGAGUCGUUUGAACACCGGCUCAAUGAGGCACUUCAGGAGCAAAAGGCUACUGGAGCUAACGAAAAGGUUGCAAACGCCAAAGUUGAACCUGCCAAUUAUGACGACGAUUUCUUUAGUAAAGCAGCAGACGAUUAUAUCGAGUUCACCUACGAAAACCCAACGAUUUACCACGUUGUAAACCACUUUUCUGAAGCCUUGGAAGCGAAAGGUUUUACUUAUGUUUCUGAGAAGGAACAAUGGAAUAUUGGACCUGGAAAGUAUUAUACCACCAGAAAUGGCACUGCUUUGAUAGCUUUCGUCGUGGGAAAGAACUGGGAACCCUCGAAAGGUGUGGGUGCCAUUGGGUCCCAUAUUGAUUCAUUGACUGCAGCAUUGAAACCCAGCUCGUCUAAAACUCCAGUAGACGGAUAUGACCUUCUCGGAGUUGCUCCAUACGCUGGCACUUUGGGUAACCUUUGGUUUGACCGCGACCUUGGAAUUGGUGGUAGGCUUCUCGUUCGCGAUGGCUCUACCAAAGAAGUCACCCAAAAGUUGGUGGACCUGACUCCGCAACCAAUUGCAAAGAUUCCAUCUCUUGCACCUCAUUUUGGAGAGCCCUCCAAAGGUCCAUUCAACACUGAAACUCAGGCAGUUCCAGUCAUUGGAUACGGAGGAGCCGAGAGAGCCUCUAAACCAACUGAAUCUGAAAAGUCAGCUCCUUUGUACGGCAAGCACCCAUUGCAAUUGCUCCGUUACAUUGCUAAGAAAGCCAAGGUGGAAGUGGCCGAUAUUCUUCAAUGGGACCUCCAAUUGUACGAUGUUCAGCGUGGUACUAAGGGAGGCUUGGACUCGGAGUUUGUCUUUGCUCCUCGUAUAGACGAUCGUAUUUGCUCAUACGCCGCCAUUCAUGCGCUCAUUGGUGCUGCUGAAGCUGGCCAUAUUCCUGAAGACAACUUUUCAGUGGUGGGAUUAUUCGACAAUGAAGAGAUUGGAUCCGGAACGAGACAAGGUAUUCGUGGUGGUUUGUUUGAAACAGUAGUUUCCAGAGUUGUUAGUGGCUUCCAGGACGAUGAAACUUCGGUCAACGAUCUGCUUUCUGUAACCUAUGCCAACACCAUUAUCCUUUCUGCGGACGUUAACCAUCUCGUCAACCCCAAUUUCGACAACAUCUACCUCGAGCACCACAAGCCAGUUCCCAACAAAGGUGUGGUGAUCGCAUUAGAUCCUAAUGGCCACAUGGCUACCGACUCCAUUGGCCUUGCUCUCGUGGAAGAAUUGGCAAAGAAAAAUGGAGAUGAGCUCCAAUACUUCCAAAUUAGGAACGAUUCUCGUUCUGGUGGAACCAUUGGUCCAUUUAUUUCAAUGCAGACAGGUGCAAGAACAAUUGAUCUUGGUAUUCCCCAACUCUCCAUGCACUCUAUUCGUGCCACUGUUGGAGCCAAGGACAUUGGAAACGGAAUCAAGUUCUUCCAUGGGUUCUUCUCCAACUGGAGAAAGUCCUAUGACAAGUAUAUCGAUUUGUAA